UCCAGCCGGUAGGGGGCAACAGUAAGGGGAAGUGCUUGUUUUUCUGCAUCCAAUGAAAUGUGGUCAAAUAAGCUGCGUGGUUUAAGUAGAUCUAUAUAUCAUGUGUUACCAUGUUGUAGUAAUGGGAGGCGACUGCCGAUGAUAUAUAGAUCAUUGAAAUAUGGAGGCAGGAAACUGCUGAUUGGGGAACUGAAUGUGUGUCCCUCUUCUGGUAGUUGCUACGUGUAAUUCUAAGGAAAAUGGCAGAAAGAAAAAAUAAUGCCCCCAACGCCAGUGCAAAUUUACUGUUCAGCGAUGCUCCGGAGUUUAACUUCAACCUGCCUUUUCUGCCAGUGGGUCAGGCCACAGGUCCGGUGGUGUUUGCCGGAGAUGAUUCAACUGAUGUUGGAGAAGAAGACAGCUUUCUUGGUCAGAACUCUGAAAAUGUAUCAGCCCCCUCUACAAUCAACUACUUUGCCAACUCUGUAACCAGUGCUGAUCCAUUCGCAUCCAUCGGUCAGUCACCAUGCCCGCCUCCUGCCCUGUCAGCAGUGCCCACAACAACAUGCCCGGUUUCUGUCCCAAGCAGUCUCAGCACGGCUUCAUUACCAACUCCGGGCUCACAUAUGAAUCCUGCUGCUUCCGCGUUUGGCAACCAUGUUUACCAGAGCCCUAUAGGGCGUCACACUUCUCCACCUACCACAGUGACCUCACCACCUCCCCAGAUGCAGCGUCAGGCUCUUAAUCCUUACAGACACACCUCCACUUCCAGCAGAGCCAGUCCUUAUAUCCCAGCGCCAGAGAUCCUGCAACAAACACACACACCUCAGCAGAAUCCAUACUCUCUCAGCUCUCCGCCACAGACCUUCCCACCAUCAGGAAACACGUUCACCAAGUCUCCUCCAACACAGAUUGAAACACUUCAAGCUCCAGCCUCUGCUGCCGGAGCACUAGUUCCUACUGGUCCCAUGAUGCCAUACAACUACAGUGUCUAUGAGCCUGUUCAGCCUCACUGGUUCUACUGCAAGCAAGUGGAAUCAAAGAGUGUCUGGCUUCCUUUCAGUUUUAUCGACUCCCUUCAGCUAGAGGAGACAUAUAACUCAGUUCAACCAGACCCGGAAAAUGUGAUUGUGCGUACAGACGGUGGGCGUUAUGAUGUGCAGCUGUAUGACAGAGUACGAACUGCAGUGUACUGGGAGGAGGAGCCUACAGAAGUUCGGCGCUGCUCUUGGUUCUACAAAGGGGAUACAGACAGUCGCUUUAUUCCUUACUCUGAGGAGUUUAGUGAAAAGCUUGAGGCAGAAUAUAAGAAAGCUGUGUCUACCAACCAGUGGCACCGUAGGCUAGAGUUUCCAUCUGGAGAGACCAUUGUUAUGCACAAUCCAAAGGUCAUUGUGCAGUUUCAGCCCUCCUCCAUGCCAGAUGAGUGGGGCACAACUCAGGACGGACAGACCAGGCCCAGAGUGGUGAAGAGGGGGAUUGAUGAUGACCAUGAUGAAGUGCCUGAUGGUGAGCUUCCCAAGGUGGAUCAUAUUGUGUUUAUGGUUCACGGUAUUGGUCCUGUGUGUGACCUGAGGUUUAGGAGCAUGGUCGAGUGUGUGGAUGACUUCCGAAGUGUAUCACUGAAGCUGCUGAACAGUCACUUUAAGAACCCCUUGGAUAACCACACAAUCAGCAGGGUGGAGUUCCUCCCUGUCCAGUGGCACACAGCUCUACAUGGGGAUGCUACUGGAGUGGACAGGAGGAUAAAAAAGAUUACCUUGCCCAGUACUGGACGUUUACGACACUUUACAAAUGAGACUUUGUUAGAUGUGCUUUUCUACAACAGUCCCACUUACUGUCAGACCAUCAUGGACACAGUUGCUCAAGAGAUUAACAGACUAUAUGCCUUGUUCAUGAAGAGGAACCCAGACUACAAAGGAUGCAUGUCGGUGGCGGGACAUAGCUUAGGUUCCUUGAUUCUAUUUGACCUGUUGUCAAAUCAGAAGAAUAGCUCUGUGGCCAUGCCUAUGAUAGCAACCGCUAAUGGAGACACCAAAAAGGUGGCAGCCCCCGUUACACAGGAAAAUAAUGCUGUUGCUCAUCAAGCUGAGGAAGAAGAGGGGAAGGAGUUUGAAGAUCUUUCUGCUAUGCUGGAACAUCUGGGCUUGUCUGAGUACAAGAGUACAUUUGAUGACGAGAGGAUUGACAAAGAGUCUUUUCUUAUGUGCACGGUUGAGGACUUGAAAGAGAUGGAAAUCCCACUUGGUCCAAGGAAAAAGAUUGCCAAGUUCAUCAAAGAACGACUGAACAAGCAGGCUAUGUGUCAGGCAAAAAAGAAAGCAGAGGUGAAAGAGGUCAGUCAAGUUGUGGCGCCUCCAUCAGCAGCUGAAACUCUUCCUGAUGCCUCUGGGAAAACUCUUCCAGUUGGAAACAGCUUCUCCUCCAUCCAUGUCGACUACAACUACUUUGAAGUUGGAACAGGACAGCUGUCAGUGGUUUACCAGGCCCUGGACUUCGAGCCAGUCAAUUUCUUUGCCUUGGGUUCUCCAAUUGGCAUGUUCCUAACAGUCAGAGGUCUGGAAAAGAUUGAAGAAACUUACCAGCUUCCCACAUGCAAGGGGUUCUUCAAUAUCUACCAUCCAUUGGAUCCAGUGGCAUAUAGGAUUGAGCCCAUGAUAAUACCAGACUUGGACUUGAAGCCUGUCUUGAUCCCACAUCACAAAGGAAGAAAGAGGCUUCAUCUGGAACUGAAGGAUAGUCUCUCCAGGAUGGGCUCUGACCUAAAGCACGGUUUCAUCAGCUCCCUGAGGACUGCCUGGCAGACGCUCAACGAGUUUGCUCGUGCUCACACAUCAUCUGCCCAGCUUCAGGCUGAGCUGGCUAUUGUAGCCAAUCAGAUCGAAGAGCAGGAGAAGCAAGCUCGGGAGGACCACAAGAUCCCAGACAGCCUUGAGCCACUAAAGGAAGAGGAGCCUGAGGUGAAGAUCGGAUUGCUCAAUGGAGGAAAUCGUAUCGACUACGUCCUGCAGGAGAAGCCCAUCGAGAGUUUCAACGAGUACCUGUUUGCCCUCCAGAGUCAUCUUUGCUACUGGCAAUCUGAAGACACAACUCUGCUUCUUCUCAAAGAGAUCUACAAGGAUAUGGGGAUCCAGCCAGAACAGAUAGGACACUCCUAAGCUUUUCCUUGAUGAGUUGUUUCCCCAUUCUGAUUUUCUCCCCUCUUAUUUUCUAUUCAUGUAGUUUACUGUAUCAGAUUGACUAAUAAAAUGUAUAGUGCCAUUUGUCUUAAAUUAAGAAGCAUACAAAUGAGAUUAUAAAGUUAAAUAAAAGACACUUGAAAAUGUAA